UGUAACCGGAACUACGCAUGUACAGGAAGUAGACGGCCUGCUCACCUUUGUAAUCACCGACGGACAGCUUUAACGUCCACACAGAGCUAUUUAACGGAAAGCUCACCGGCACACCGAGCGUCUCAGACCUAAAGGGGGGUGGUUUGAGUCCGGUCGGGUCGAGAUGUCCGUUCUUACCGUCAGAGCUCUGCACGAGCAGCUCGGCGUCAUCAUGGGCGCGUUGACCAAAGCGGCGGUGCUGGAGAUCUGCGGGCUGGUGGAGGACGGCUACGCGGUGCUGCAGAUGGAGAUCAGCCGCAGCCACAAGGAGAACGAGGACCUGAGGAAGAAGCUGCACCUCAUCGAGUCCAUAGUGGUCCGCGGGAGCAGCGGGGGGAAGACGGCGGAACCGGAGGGAGCUCCCACCGAGGAGGCGGAAACACCUACCGCUCCCGGGGGAGACGCGGCAGGAGCGGCAGGAGCGGCAGGAGCGGCAGGAGCGCUGCGGGAGGAGCUUCCAGAUGUGGUGCUGAUCAAAGAUGAAGACUCUGACAGCAGCGAAACGUUCGAGGAAGAUUACAGGACACCGUCUGAUGGAGGGAUGUCUGCAAACAGAGACGCCGUCACGUCCUCUCCCGCCGGCCGGAGCUUGAAGAGAGUCUGGCCGGGAAGCGAAGAGCCGGGCAGGACGCUGUCCUCCGAUCAGCUCGCACCGAAAACCUCGCACGCGAGCGCAGGGACGCAGAAGAGGAGCGCGUCCGUCUACUCCCUGGACUCUCCUCGCAGCGAGCCCGGCUGCUCCGUCCAGCUCGGCGGGGACAAGAUGGAGGCGGGCGACACGGUCUGCUCCUUCUCGUCAGAGAUGGACCCGGACGUCCAGCUGGUCCUCCAGGAGUGCUCGAUGGUCCCUCCGAGCGCUAACAGACCGACGGCGUACUUCGGGAACGGCUCCCUGAUGGAGGCUCAUUCUCCGACCAACAGGGCCGAGCUCGACCUCAGCGUCACGUGGACCAAACAGUCAAAGAGUCACAUGACCUUUGCUCCUUUUCACCAGAACGAGAACGUGGACGGCGACGCUUUUGGUCUGAAGCUGGUCAGCGUCUCCGGCUCGACCUCCACCGACUGCCAGCUGUCCGAGGGCAGCAACUCUGCGUUCGAGUACGAAGACGGUGCAGACAUGGUGAACUACGCCCUCUACAGGGAGCAGCCGGGUCAGACGGGCGCCGGUCCCCGGGGAAAACGCUUCGUCUGCUCCGUCUGCAACGGGACCUACGCCACGGCUCAGAACCUCGCGGUCCACAUGCGGAUCCACACGGGCCAGAGGCCGUUCAGCUGCGAGCAGUGCGGCAAGAAGUUCACCCAGUCGGCUCACCUGAAGUCGCACAUGAGCGUUCACACGGGCGAGCGGCCGUACGCCUGCUCGCACUGCUCCAGGAGCUUCGUCAUCAAGUACAGCCUCAAGUUACACAUGAGGAAAUGUCACCCCGACGUCCCGAGUGACUGAGCGCGUGGAGGCGCCGUGUGCUGUAAAUAGUUUUUUAAAGGAAGGACAGUUUGUGCAGAGAGAAAAUCAAACUGUGAUGCUUUUAAAAUUCUAAAACGUGCUUUCACUUUUUGUCUCUUUAUAAUCACGAGUUCAUAUUUUAAUCCGCCAAUGAAACGAUAGAAAAGUGACUUUUUUGAUCGUCUUGAACGACAUGCGAUUGUUCAAGUUUCUGUAAUAAAAAAAGGAAAUGAU